AUGUCAACUUCUUUCACGAACACCUCUACUGUCAUCCCUGCCUCAAACAUCACAACGACGACCACUCCCACCACCGGAGAUCACAUUGCUAGUGUUCUGCCGCACUCGAGCACCACCACCAUUAUCCUCGCCUCAACCACUACAUCGUUCGCAGCGAUCGGCUCCACUAACACCACCACUUCUCUCUCACUCCCACCACCGGAGACGGCAUCCGACGUCCUGUCAACUACUACCUUCAUCACCACCGCCCUUACCAUUAGCAAUACGGACUCGAUCCCAGCCUGUCCGCAUUGCGACGACGCAUUCAGCUCACACGUUGGCCUGGUCGGUCACUUGCAAGCCCAACGCACUGUGACUAGUGCACCGGUGCCCAGAGCCCCGAUAUACAUCCGUUGUACCCGCAUCUAA